AUGGAUACCAACAUGGAGGACGUCAAGAUGCCCGAGCCUAUGCAGAUGUCUUCCAUUCCUACGACUGAGCCCGCGACCAUUCCCACCCUGGACGGCUGGAUCGAGAGCCUCAUGGGUUGCAAGCAGUUGGCAGAGAGUGACGUACAGAGGCUUUGCGAGAAGGUGUGUGGCCUGCGCUCUCCAAUCCAUUGUCCCCCAUAUGACAUACUGACGAGAUUGUUUGUAGGCUCGCGAAGUAUUGCAGGAGGAGUCGAAUGUGCAGCCAGUGUUUGCGGAGACAUACACGGACAGUUUCACGACCUGAUGGAGCUAUUCAAGAUUGGUGGACCGAACCCGGACACAAACUACCUCUUCAUGGGCGACUACGUUGACCGAGGAUACUUCUCCGUCGAGACCGUCACCCUCCUUGUCGCGCUCAAGAUUCGAUACCCCGGGCGCAUCACAAUCCUUCGCGGCAACCACGAGUCCCGCCAGAUCACCCAAGUCUACGGCUUCUACGACGAGUGCCUCCGAAAGUACGGCAACGCAAACGUCUGGAAGUACUUCACCGACCUCUUCGACUACCUCCCGCUUACCGCCCUCAUUGACAACCAGAUCUUCUGUUUACACGGUGGUCUGUCGCCCAGCAUCGACACGCUUGAUAAUAUUAGGGCGCUCGAUCGCAUUCAAGAAGUGCCGCAUGAGGGACCCAUGUGUGACUUGCUAUGGUCCGACCCAGAUGACCGCUGCGGCUGGGGAAUAUCUCCUCGUGGCGCGGGUUACACAUUCGGCCAGGAUAUUUCCGAGGCGUUCAACCAUAACAAUGGUCUUACCCUUGUUGCAAGAGCCCACCAGCUGGUUAUGGAGGGCUACAACUGGUCGCAAGACAGGAACGUUGUGACCAUCUUCUCAGCACCCAACUACUGCUACCGAUGCGGUAACCAAGCUGCCAUUAUGGAGAUCGAUGAGCACCUCAAGUACACCUUGUAAGUAUUCAUCUGCAUUGAUUGCACACUAAACUAACAUCCAUACAGCUUGCAGUUCGACCCAUGCCCGCGAGCUGGAGAACCCAUGGUCUCGCGCAGGACUCCGGACUACUUCUUGUAGAUGGUCAUACGUUUGUGCUCUGCCAUGGCUUGCGUGGAACAUUGUUGGCCUAGACUACCGACUCUAGAAUCAAUGCCUUAAUGACAUUGAACGGCGUGAUUGUCAUGUCAAAGAGUCACCGACAAGGGUAGAUCCCAGCCCGGUGAUGCAGAGUCUGGAGUAAUCAACAUGCCACGGACGAGCUCAGGUCAAUAUGAAGUUGUACAUGCCCGUGGAUGAUUCAACGCAAUCAUGCUCAUAGAUGAAAUACAGCGCUUAUGAUCCCG